AUGGCGCACAAACGCCUGUCCUCGCUGUCGACAAACAUGACGCCCGACGACAAGCCCCUCCCCGGCUCUGCACCAUCCGACAGGAGCAGACUUAGAAAAGCCGCGCCUGACGGAAGUACUCCCCGAUCAGCUUCAGGACAGUACAUCGCACCGACAGGAACCCCAACCCUCCCGAGUCUACAAGAGCUCCAGCAAGGCUACAGCGCCGGCGCUCCGAGUCCGCUUAUGCCCCCGCCAACGAUCGGGGGCGGAUCAUAUUCACGCUCCUCGUCACAAGACCGCAACUCGCGACCUGGAACGCCUGUGUCGAGUCGCCCGUCGACGCCGACGUUAGUCCUUCCCGGUCAGUCCCCACAGACGCCUACCAGCGGGGGAAAAGAGCACAAGAAGGAGAAAAGCUGGUUCGGGAUGGGCAAGAGCGAUGAAGGCGAUACUCGAGGGCCGAUUGCGUGGAUUGCUGGACAUCCGCAGCAGCCGCCGUACGAUGCGCAGGGCCUGGUGAACGGACGGGCGAUGCAGGAUAUGUGGGACGAUGCGGAAGGAAAUUGCUUGGUGUAUCUGUUCCCGAGGACUAUGGGAAAGGGACCGUCGUUCAAGCUUGAUUCGGCGGUGUUUGAGUCGUCGUCUGUUCUCAAAAGGAUGGCGUUUGGGGACCGCUACAACAACAACGGCAUACAACCCGGAAACGACCAAAGGCGUCAACCACCGCUGGACGUCAGGACGCAGAGUCUCUCCCUGAACGACCCUUCAACACCCCCCGCCUCACCACCCCAACAACGCCGGACUCCUGGAAAGACAUACACCAUGACCUCCUCCUCCUCCACCGAAUCCCGCGGCCACCUUUCCAACAUCUCCGACACCCCCUCCGAAGUCCACCUCUACCUCCCCAUCAAAUUCAAAACCGACGGCACUUUCCCCACGCCCCUCCAAACCCCACCUCCUCGCAGCAAAGACAAAGACCGUCCCACACCUGCGGAUCCCGUAAUGGAAGACCUCCAGACCCUCAUCGACAUCCGGAACUGCUUCGCCUUCCUCUGCGGGCAAGCGCUCGUCGCGACGUCGAAGAAACACUCGUUAUUCCACAUCUUCAUGACCAUCUCUGGCAUCCUCAAAGCCUACGAAUUCUCGAAUUUAGAUGGGAGUACGUUCGGAGAGAUUGCGAGUUCGAGCUUCGAUGCGUACGUCGAGGAGCUCGGAUUAGCGGACGUGCGGACGAGUCGGGAGAAGACGAUCGAGGGAAUCGUGUUGAGUGAGCGGAUGAAGAGCGUUUUCUUGUUCAAUGAAGCAUUCACGCACGCGGCGGGGAAGCAUGGGGAGUUGAUCAAGAUGCAGAGUCAGAAGUACGAUUUGAUAAGUUCAGUCAUCCAGAAUCGACUGACGCGCGCGGCGAUGGAUCUGGACAAGCGAACGGCGUCGAUCCGUUUGUUCCUCACGGACUUUGAGUUCCCGGCUCUGUUCUCUGGAAUUAUGGCUUCCAAGAUGUCCGACGAGCGAAAAGAGGGCGUGCGCUUUGAAGCCUGGAAAGAAGCCUUCCUCGGAUUCAGGAAGAACCUUCUCGGCAUGCUGAAGGCGAAAUACGGCGCCUGGCCGCCCAAAGCCAGCAGCAAGAAGAACGACCUCGAGACCUCCGGCCUCAAUCGUUUGGUAUUGAGAGAUCUGUACAACGACAUGAGCUCCCUCUACGACCUCCUCGUCGACCGCAACAACCUCACCACCCGCACCGUCGACGGCGUGAGCCAGGACUCCGGCGCCCGCGAAGGUCCCACUGUCAAAGGCCUCCGCGCGGUUCUAAGUGAAUACGACCGCAGCUCCCCUCCGGUGAAACCGCCCGUCCCCUUCGACCUCCCCUUACUACCGAGCAUCAAAUCCACCCGCCCAGAUUUCGGCCAGGACAAGAAGAAAGACGUCAAAGCCAUUGGCAAGAAAUUGAAAGACGACGAGAUCGGCCUCAUCCUCCGCAAAACCUGGAACGAAGACGCGAAAGUCACGCCUUUUGUCGACAUGUUUCGGGAAAUGGAGAAGCGCGCGGCGCAUGGGUGUACGAUUGCCGAGUUGGUCGAUUUGCGGAUCGGACAGUGGAUCUUCAUGUACGUUGUUCUGCAGGCUCUGCCAAUGCUGGCGUGUGAUGCGCCCGGGUUGAAGUGGACGAAAGGGGUGGAGUAUUUCCUCUGCGAGCCGCCGCGGGGUGGUGUGCCGUGGGCGAACCCGAAUGCUGCCGGGGUUGGUGCGAGUGCGGGUGGGAGUCGGACGUGGUUUUCUGUCGGCGAGGGCGGAGGUGUCGUUAGCCUGCCGAGUGAUGUUGUGGAGCACGGUGUGGAAGGAAUAUACAGGCGCAGUCACUGCUGGGUGAUGGCGGAGCAGUGGACGAAGCAGAACCCCAUCAUGAACGAGGCGUUGCAUGAGCAGGAGGCUAUGAACGCCGCUGCGCUGCCCUCACGCACGAGUACGGAGGGCUUGCCUGCGCCUGGUCCGCCGGGGGGGUUGCUCAAUCCGGAGAAGAACCGCGUCAGCAGUCGAGAUCGAGCUUCGCACCGGCAUUCUUCGUUGGGGAUCGGGCUGGAAGCUCUGCCGUUGCCUAUGGGCGUGACGCCGGACGGGGCGAUGCCUUCUGGAUAUCCGCAAUCUGCUGGUGGGUAUGGGGGUUCGCCGGUGGGUUCGAGGCCGGUGACGCCGAAUAACGAACGGCCGAAGAGCGCGCAUGUGGUGGAUAGCGCGAAGACUUUUGAUGCGAUUUUGGCGAGCGCGAAUGUGGACCAGGGGAAGAAGAAAAAGAAGUGGUAG